CACUCAUUUUCUUUUUCUCUGUCUUUGAAAUUUUCUCUCCAAACAGCUAAAGAGACCUAUAACCACACCCCCACCUAAAAGAAAAAUAUAAAUUUAGAUCAUGGAGACUCACCGGAAAAUAAAAUUCCGGCCAAAUGCAACAAAAACGCCACCAUUUCAUCAUCACUCCUCUUGAGCCUGAUGACCAUGAAAGCGAAAGCCUCACAUUGAAAUAUCUGAAAUUCCAUAAAACACCCUGAGUCCUUAUUACUCUUUCAUCUCCACCCUUGCAAUGGCAACUACCAACACUGCACAAACACCAGCAGUGGACUCACUUUCAUCCGACGAGCUUACUGCUAAGGCUGUGCACAAGAGAUAUGAAGGGCUAGUGAUGGUUCGAAACAAGGCUAUAAAGGGGAAAGGGGCGUGGUACUGGGCUCACCUUGAACCUAUGUUGAUAAACAACGCGGACACUGGUCUUCCAAAAGCAGUGAAGCUACGAUGUUCCUUAUGUGACGCGGUUUUUUCAGCUUCAAACCCUUCACGUACAGCCUCCGAACAUCUAAAACGGGGCACCUGCCCGAAUUUCAAUUCUUUAGCCAAACCCAUUUCCUCUAUAUCUCCAUCAUCACCCAAUCUUGCUUCACCCUCCGGUCAUAACCGAAAACGUAGUAGCUCGUCUUCUAUUCUUGAAGUAAGUAAAAGUGGUGGUGUUAGUGGCGGUGGUAUUGGUGUUGGUGUUGGUGUUGGCUCUUCUUCGUCUUCAUAUCAGGCAACACCACUAGCUAUAGUGGAUCCAUCGAGAUUUCAAGAAUUAGCUAGUACAGCAGUAACAGCGAGUGUUGCUGUGGGUUCUUUUAUGCCACAACAGCAUUUGGUAUUAUCUGGAGGCAAAGAAGAUUUAGGAGCUUUAGCUAUGUUGGAAUAUAGUGUUAAAAAGUUAAAGAGCCCUAAGACUUCACCUGGACCGACUUUGAGCAAGAACCAAAUUGAUUCUGCUCUUGAUUUUCUUGCUGAUUGGAUUUACGAGUCUUGUGGCUCGGUUUCCUUUUCGAGUCUGGAGCAUCCAAAGUUUAAAGCUUUUCUAAGUCAAGUUGGGUUGCCAGCGUUUUCAAGAAGAGAGUUUGUUGGUUCAAGAUUGGAUUUAAAGUUUGAGGAAGUGAAAGCUGAGUCUGAGGCAAGGAUUAGAGAUGCUAUGUUUUUUCAAGUAUCGUCAGAUGGGUGGAAAGUUAAGGGUUUUGGUGAAGAGAAUUUGGUCAAUUUGACCGUGAAUUUGCCUAAUGGUACUAGUUUGUAUAGGAGGGCUGCGUUUGUUAGCGGUUCUGUGCCUUCUAAGUAUGCAGAGGAGAUAUUGUGGGAGACAAUAACAGGCAUUUGUGGGAAUGUUGUGCAACAAUGUGUAGGGAUUGUUGCAGACAAGUUUAAGGCUAAAGCACUGAGGAAUUUGGAGAAUCAGCAUCAUUGGAUGGUUAAUCUUUCUUGUCAGUUUCAAGGCUUCACUAGUUUGAUCAAGGACUUCAACAAGGAGCUUCCUUUAUUUAAGACUGCGGCUGCGAAUUGCUUCAAGUUAGCAAAUUUCGUGAACAACACUGCUCAAAUUCGAAAUAGUUUUGGUAAGUAUCAGUUGCAAGAGUAUGGACAUAGUGGGUUAUUGAGGGUUCCUUUGAGGGAGUAUGAGAAGUUGGAUAAUUUUGGACCUUUAUACACAUUGCUGGAGGAUAUAUUAAACUCAGCUCGUGCACUUCAGCUGCUUUUAUUAGAUGAAUCAUAUAAGAUGGCAUCAUUGGAGGAUCCCCUUGCUAGAGAAGUUGCGGAAAUGAUUCGAGAAGUGGGGUUUUGGAAUGAGUUGGAAGCAGUACACUCAUUGGUUAAAUUGAUCAAAGAAAUGGCUCAAGAGAUUGAGACAGAAAGGCCACUAGUUGGGCAAUGCCUCCCACUUUGGGAUGAUCUUAGAGCUAAAGUGAAAGAGUGGUGUUCAAAAUUUCACAUUGGGGAAGCACCAGUAGAGAAGGUGAUUGAAAGGCGGUUCAAGAAGAAUUAUCACCCGGCUUGGGCAGCUGCAUUUAUACUUGAUCCACUUUAUUUGAUUAGGGACACUAGUGGGAAAUACCUUCCACCAUUCAAAUGCUUAACACCUGAGCAAGAGAAGGAUGUGGACAAGCUAAUAACACGGCUUGUUUCAAGAGAGGAGGCUCAUAUUGCACUAAUGGAACUCAUGAAAUGGAGAACAGAAGGGCUUGAUCCAGUAUAUGCUCGAGCAGUCCAAAUGAAAGAGAGGGACCCCAUUACUGGAAAGAUGAGAAUAGCCAACCCCCAAAGUAGUAGGCUUGUGUGGGAAACUUAUCUUACCGAAUUUAAGUCCCUUGGCAAAGUUGCAGUCAGACUUAUUUUCCUUCACGCAACUUCAUGCGGUUUCAAAUGCAAUUGGUCUUUGUUGAGAUGGGUGUGUGCCCACGGGCAGUCGAGAGUAGGAAUGGAGAGGGCUCAGAAGUUGAUAUUCAUUGCAGCUCAUUCCAAGCUUGAGAGACGGGAUUUUUCAAGUGAUGAAGAGAAGGAUGCAGAGCUUUUUGCUUUGGUCAACGGUGAGGAUGAUGUGCUAAAUGAGGUUCUUGUUGAUACAUCCUCAGUGUAACAUUUUUUUUUUUUU